UAAUUUCUCUGGACACCUUUUCCUCAGCUACCAGACCCAACACAUGGCACAGUUUACGGAGAGCUUCCAGAUACAGUACAGGCACCUUUGUUCAGAAAACUCACGGGACUGCAAUCCUUUCAUACUGAACAUGCUCGCAAAAGUGGAUGAAGAUAUUAAAAACGGACAAGAGGAAGAAAUCACAUUACACAUUGGUGGUAACAAUCGCUUAGUCCCAGUACAAAGAAUAACAGGUGAAGAUUUUUGGAUUCUUUCCAAACUUUUAAGGAACCAGUCAUGGAUCAAUGGUGUGGAUGUGAGGUAUAACCUCAUAAGCGAUGUUGGUGCCUACUGUGCUGCAAAACUGCUUCAGAAACAACCGAUUAUCACUUACUUAAACCUUAUGUUUAAUGAUAUUGGACCAGACGGUGGAGAAAUUAUUGCUAAUGCGCUACAUAAAAACAAAACUCUCAAAUACUUGAGAAUGACUGGAAAUAAGAUUGAAAAUAAAGGUGGCAUGAUUUUUGCGUCAAUGCUGCAAGUUAACACAUCCCUGGAGAAACUGGAUGUGGGUGACUGUGACCUGGGACUGCAAAGUUUGAUAGCAUUUGCUACAGUACUAACUCAAAACAGAAAAAUCAAGGGAAUAAACCUGAACCGGCCUAUACUGUAUGGAGAACAGGAAGAGUCUACAGUCCACAUAGGCCAAAUGUUGAAACAAAAUCAUGUCCUUAUUGAACUACAUUUAUGUAAACACGAUAUGAAAAACUUUGGUAUACAACAACUAUGCAAUGCACUGUAUCUGAACUGUAGCCUACGCUACCUUGAUGUCAGCUGCAAUAAAAUAACUCGUGAUGGAAUGGUGUAUUUGGCUGAUGUUCUGAAACGCAACACUACUCUGGAAGUAAUAGAUCUUUCUUUUAACAGAAUAGAAAACACAGGCGCAAACUACCUCAGUGAAACUCUAACUUCCCACAACAGGAGUCUUAAAGCAUUAUCUGUAGUCAGCAACAAGAUAGAGGGAGAAGGGCUCGUUGCACUUGCACGAUCAAUGAAAACAAACUCUGUUUUAACUAGGAUCUACAUUUGGGGAAACAAAUUCAAUGAGGCUACGUGUGUGGCAUAUUCAGAUUUGAUAAGGAGUGGCCGGCUAUUGUCAAAUAAUACAGAUGUGGAGCCGUAUACGGUGGAUCAGCGUGUCUACCUCGCAGAGGUCUCCAAUGGCCUUAAGCGGCAUUACUAUUGGACACCGACUUACAGAGACUCUUAUAAAGAAUCAUCCUCUGCAGGCUAUGCCCUUGUUCCUGUUGGCAAGCAUCUAUAA